AUGCCCACAGAGGUAACGAACGGACAAGGAGGAUUCUACGGACAACUCCAACUACCAGUCCCACCACGAGCUCCUGCACUACCAGUAGCUCCCGUUGCAGGCCAAGCCCCCCCGGCGCAACCCGCAGCCCCUACAGUCGACAACGGCUUACACAACCUAUAUGAGGAAAUUCCUUGUUUAGGCGUAACAGGUUACGCUGUCAGGCAAGCGUUAUCCAACGCUCAACCCGGAAGAUACCCUUCCGCAGUGACUUACGAAGGUCACCAACCGAACGAUAAUCUGUUGGGAUAUCGCAUCCUCAGUUAUCGGCGCGCAGAAGCCAAGAACCUUGCUUUUGACGCUGGUGUUACGGAGGCAGACAUGCCGUCGUACCCGCCGAACUUAGGUUUCAACCUCGAGUUCCUUGUUGCAGUAUCUAACAUACUCGCAUCAACAAAAACGUUCAAAGUGACACAGGUAGUGUUCACUGCUCUUUCUGAGAUCGGAGCACAGUCCCAGAUCGUAGUAGAACGUCCACAACUGAUCGUCGAUGAUCCAACCCCAGGAGUCAGAGGCGACAUCGGUCCCACCUGUCUGAUAAAAGAGACAGAAGCAGUAUUUGGGUCAGGAGUUUUCUUCUGUACACAAUUACUUAAGGAAAACGUUGGAGCACAGACUCAGUCAUGGAGUAUGUUUCCAAACGUCACACCCGAAGAGUGGAUCCAAAACAGAAAUGCUAGGAGAAACCUUUCCACGCUUAUAUGCAGCCUACCUUCACCUCAGUCUCUCAACGAGGUAGUGGUUUUCGGAUGA